UCUCACUGAUUGUGAGUAUUAUCACCACUAUUUCAUGUCAGCUUACAUGGAUCACACUCAGACGCUGUACUUUGUAUGUGCAAAGACAAGAGGUGAUUACAGGCUUUGUAAAUACCAAUUGAGACCGUCUGCUGGAAAUUGAUCACAACCAGAGGUGAACCUGCAACUGGGAAUAGAAUGGAUUGAUUAGGAAAAUAUUUCAUCGCAUACAAUCAAUUUUUUCCAAGUGCAUUGAUGAUUCUUAACUAGAUAAUAUUGGUAGAAUAACGCUGUUUUUCACUUCUGUGUUUGUGCGACAACUUAACAGCAAACAGUUGCAAAAUACUAUUAACUGUGAACUGAUGACUGGUUUUCAUACAUUAUGCAGAAUGAUAUAAACUACAUGUUCAUUACGCUUGAGACGUGUCAUUUGUAAAGCCUUUGCACUGUUCACACCAUCUGCACCUCGGUUAAGUGUUUACUGCUCCGCUUUGCCUCGGUGGGGUGCUGUGCAGUGCAGCAUGAAGUCACCACACACUAUAGGGUGACUGACGUGACAGCAAUAAUCACUGGAGGGACAAGGCAAAAAAUACCUCCUGAGACAUUCUUUGUCAAAGGGCGUGUUGACAGCAGGUCGGGCUUUGAAUUCUGCUGCGCUGUUCAGCACGCAAGGUGAAAGUAAACACCUUCCGUACUGACUUAUUUACACAGGCUUAGUUUCUACAUCAUGAACACACCUUUAUUUCACAUAUUAUGUACGACUAGAUUUUCUCUGAUUGACAGAGACCCCAAAUAACCCUUUAAUCCGUAGUUGUUUAGCGUCUUUUGUGUGUGCCCUUUACACAUAUCUGUCUUUAACGGCUGCAGCAAAAUUCUUCAAUGCAGCUGUUGGUUUAAAAUCUACUGCUGAACUUUAGUAGUAAAAAAGACGCUGUCUGCUCACAGGCCCUCUGACCCAUACAGUGAUACGUCCACGUGUAAGAUAACACCGGCUCUGUUGACGUGUGGUCCACCGCUUGCCAUUUUGGUCUACCACUCAUUCAGUCAGGUUCAUCAGUCACAACAUGGGAGAGAGGCCGCUGGAAGAAACAUGAACCGAGGACACAUCCAUAAAGAUUAUACAGUGAGGUUGACUGAUCCCAUUUCCCUCCGGCUCUGGAUGUGUAGUCCAUUAAACUGAUAAUCGGAAAAUGUGAACGAUAAGUUCCUGCUGGGGAAAGCAGUUUCACACUGGUGCAUUUAUUUGGAAACAACAGACUGCCUCCAGUGCUUCAUGUGGUGACAAUGCAGACUCAGUAGCUAUUAAAAAAAACAUGAUAGGACGAAAAAUGCAUUUAAAAUAUUGUAAUUUUUCUCCUUUUUUUUUUUACGACAAACGCUAUCUGAAAUUUCUCUCAGAUUUAGCCAGAAGUUUUAGCCAUUUCAAUUCAAUGAUUUCUUGAAAACUUUAAGUAUUUCCUAAGUUGAAUAUCAUUUCUACCAUUUGAUUGAUUGUUGAUUUUGGAAACUGAGAAAAAAAUGAUUGAAUAUAGAAACUUCAGAAGAUAAGAAGUUUUGAAUGUCUAACUAAUGUCAAUCUAGCCUGCCUGUCCCACAAACCAGAAAGGACUGUUUAUUCCUUAUAUUAUUAAUCAGACAAUCAACUGCCACUGUAAGACCCGCUGACACGAGGCACGGCUACAAAUCCACCGCUUUCAAAGCCCUUUUAAAAAUCGGCUCAUGGAGUAUGAAGCAAUUUUUCCGAAAAGGGUGUGUGUCCAUGUUUAGCUGUAACCAAUACAGACAUGUGUGGAACUUGAGGGACUCCAGUGGCAAUGGUCAGCGUGCUGCAAGGAGAGAAAUUGAAAAGUUGUAAGACGGAUGUACAUGGGGGGGUACACGAGCAAAAUCCUGUGAAAUAUUUCUAAAACAUUUGUGGUUUCCUUCAGAUUCCCUUCGUCACACGGGAGUUGUCUCUCAGCAACAUUUCCCCUAAGCAGCUGGAAAGGCAAUACAAUGAGGAAAUUACUCAUCUAUGAGGAAUUCCUUGGCUUGUUUUCUAACUACUCUGCAGCUUAUACUCUGACAAGGUUGUUAUCGCCCACAAAAUGAAAACAACAUUCUUAUUGUACUCACUUGUUUGAGGGCUGAAUGGAGGCAUGCAAGGUGUCCUUGUUGUCCCAAGAGAGGACCCAAUGACUUUGUGUUGACAGAAGAAGUGUGCAGGACACAACAGGUAGGUUUUUCAUGAGCACCUCAUUAGGAAUGAACGCCUUUCAUCUGCUGCUAUCUGUCAUCUUGUUUUCCCUUUGUAGAGUUCCUUUGUGCUGAGAAAGUGAUGUUUACCCAGUGGAGACCACUGUAUCAGAGGUGCUUCCUGUCCCAACACUGCAUGCUACUCAGACAAACUGCUCAUUGCAGAGUUACCAAGGGAGGCAUAUGCUUCAUAGUGCUAUUGUACAAAACUGGACAUAUAUUUGCAAAAGUAGUGGGUUUGACCGCAACAAUGCACCAAAGGUACUGUAUGUUUUCUUUUGUCUGACCUAUUUGGUUUGUAACUGGGGACUUGGGACUUCUGUUGUGUUUACCAUCCUCGUGGUUUGUGGUUUGUGUUUGCGGGACGCUAAACAUGGGAAAAAACUGGCCAUGAUUCACAGGUCCUUUCAGCAAUCCUUCCGUUCCAGCUCAGCAAGCAAAGGAGGACGUGGACCAUCAGGAAAGAUGUUUUUCGUGGCCCGGAACAGAAAUGUAGCAGGUCAAGGAAAUGAAAGGAGGUCAAUUUAUCAGAAAUUUCGUGACGUAGAUUUAUUGGACAAGAAGAAGACAGUGACUGCUCUAAAGCCCGGUGAAGAUCGAGCCAUAUUUCUGGGACUCGGGAUGAUCCUCUCUUCAGUCAUGAUGUACUUUGUCCUGGGGAUCACAAUAUUACGCUCUUAUGCAGAAAGUGUGUGGACAGAGGAGGGCGUUUGCGUUGUUCUCAACUCCACGGUCACAGCAGACAUGAACUGUUCCUACAACUGUGGGUCGGAAUGCUGGAGAGCCUCCAAAUACCCCUGUCUGCAGGUCUACGUGAGCGUCAAUAACACGGGCCGCGUCCGCCGCUUAUCUCACAACGAGGAGUCCCAGGACACCAGCUCCGAAUGCGUCUACGUGCCCAGGUGCCAGAAGGACAGGGUGGCCAUGCAUGUCAUAGUCAUGAACAUCUCCGAGCACCUGAAGGUGAACCAGCAGGUCCCCUGUUACUACGACCCCAGCGAGCAGCAGGAGGCCGUUCUCCUGACGAGGCUGUACGACCAUCGCGUUGUCUUCCACUCGCUGCUCUGGCCCUCCUGCAUGCUCACAGGAGGGGCCCUCGUUAUCGUGAUGGUCAAGCUCACGCAGUACCUCUCCAGACUGUGCGAAGAGAUAGGGAAGAUCAAGAGGUGAAAUACGUGCAGUCACCGUCAAAGCAUUUGCUGGUUUGGUGAUGGACAUGUGAGAUGAAAGGAAUUGUAUCUACUAAACACCCUUUCUGUGACCUAUUGCAAACAUUCCUCUUCUUCUGAGGCAUCGGGAAGAGCUGACUCUGUCUCCAGAUCCAGGAUGUGUCUGUUUAUCAAAUUGAACUAAAUGUUCCAAGGGGGGGAACUUUUAGAAAUGCAACAAAAAGACUUUUGUACAAGGAAGUCUAUGACUGGAUAUGCCUGGUGUCAACGCAUUGUAAAAUGUUUUAUGGAUAUUUUCUAUGCUCUAUCUCAGAUAUGGUAAGUUAUGAGCAUGUGGUUUAAUAUUGACAAUGCCAACUUAAUUUGACGGAAAAAAAUUCUGUACGCAUUAUUAAUGUUGAGGAACAACUUUAACAACUAUCUCAAACAUUUCUUAAAUUCAUUUGUUAUCUCCUCAACUUGAUCAUAUGUGUUUAUCUUAUGAAGUGUUUUUUUGUUUGCUGUGACUUUUUAAAAACUGUAACCAUACCAACAAUUCAAAAUGUAAAGUGAUUGAGACAUUAUUGCACGAUGUCAACUUCGGCACCGGUUUACCAAAUAAAGCUUACGGCCCAGAAAUAAAUUCUGAUCUCAAA